AUGGAUCCCAAUUUCGUGCAAAACCUGCAUCAUCUCCUUGUGCAAUCGACCUCUAAUGAUACCAUUCAACUGAAGGCUGCUACAGCUCAGCUGAACAGAGAAUACUAUAAAAAUGCCGCUUGUAUACCCGCCCUUGCCAGCAUUAUCGCGAGCUCGCCAGAACAAGCAGUGCGACAACUUGCUGCUGUAGAGUUGCGCAAACGCGUGCUGCAGAACAGCGGAGAGUUGUGGAUUCAGGUCUCGCAAGAAGACCGGGAAGAGAUCAAGGGUAAGCUGCCUGAGCUUAUUCUCGCUGAGCCAAGUAACCUCGUGCGCCAUUCGACUGCGCGGGUCGUCGCUGCUAUCGCCUCGAUCGAAAUUCCCCUCGGCCAGUGGCCGCAGCUCCUUCCGUUCCUGCAACAAACAUGCCAGUCCCCGCAGGUCGUCCACCGUGAAGUCGGGGUAUACAUCCUGUACACUGUUCUCGAAAACAUCGUUGAAGGCUUCGAGUCGCACCUCCAGAGCUUCUUCAAACUGUUCGAAGUACUACUUAACGAUCCAGAGAGCGCGGAUGUCAGGAUUACUACUGUCAGGGCACUGGGUGUCAUUGCCCAGUACAUCGACACAGAUGACAAAAGCGAUAUUAAAUCGUUCCAAGUCCUGCUGCCGGGUAUGAUUAAUGUCAUUGGCCAGUGCGUUGAGAGUAAUAACGAGACCGGUGCCCGCCAAUUGUUUGAUGUCCUGGAGACGCUUCUCAUUUUGGAGAUCCCGCUUGUGGGCCAGCACACCCCUCAGCUCGUGCAGUUCCUUUUGACCUGCGGAAGUAACCGAAAUUACGAUCCCGAGAUGAGAGUGCUCUCCCUGAACGCACUAACUUGGACCGUGCAGUAUAAAAAGACAAAAAUCCAGUCUAACAACCUUGCUGCUGCGAUCUUGGAAGGCCUCAUGCCAAUCACGACGGAAGAGGAGCCGGAGGACAUCGACGACGAUGCACCCUCACGCUCUGCUCUCCGCAUUAUCGACUGCCUCGCGACAAGCCUGCCUCCAUCUCAGGUAUUUCCCGCUCUUCGUGCUCUCAUCCAACAGUACUUCUCUUCACCGGAUCCCUCCUUGCGCCGGGGUGCUAUGCUCGCACUGGGAGUAGCCGUUGAAGGUUGCAGUGAAUUCAUGACACCACUAAUGGUCCACAUUUGGCCCAUUAUCGAGGCUGGGCUCCAAGAUCCUGAUGCUACGGUCCGCAAGGCAAGCUGCAUCGCCGUCAGCUGCAUGUGCGAGUGGUUGGAGGAAGACGUUGUCUCCAGGCACGCCGUGCUUGUGCCUACGAUGAUGCGACUCGUGAAUGACCCUGUCACCCAGCGCGCUGCGUGCACUGCCCUUGAUGCGCUGCUGGAAAUCUCUGAGAAUGUCAUUGAACAGUACCUGCAGCUCAUCAUGGAGCAACUGGGGGGCCUCCUCGAGUCCGCGCCCAUCCCCGUCAAGUCGGUCGUCAUCGGCGCGAUGGGCAGUGCUGCGCAUGCGUCGAAAGAGAAGUUCCUGCCGUACUUCCAACCGUCGAUGGAGCGCUUCAAGCACUUCCUUGUUCUCACUGGCGAGGGCGAGGAACAGGAACUGCGUGGAAUUACCAUGGAUGCUAUAGGCACGUUCGCUGAGGCUGUUGGAAAAGAUGUGUUCCGGCCGUACUUCGCCGAUAUGAUGAAGCAGGCCUUUGAGGGUAUUAGGAUGGGCAGCGCACGCCUCAGGGAGUGUAGCUUCUUGUUCUUCUCUGUGAUGGCAAGAGUGUUCCAGGAGGAGUUUGCGGUGUAUCUCCCUGAUGUCCUUCCUUCGCUUAUUGCCAGCUGCAACCAAGCCGAGCAUGGAGAGCCUGGCCCCUCGAUCUCUAAUGCCGAAGCUACGGUCAGCUUUGCGUCGGGCUCGUCGCCGGCUAACGCCAUCACUGUCAUGGACGAUAUGGGCGCUGUGGAAGUCGACCUCGACGAUGCUGUCGAUAUUGACAGGAUGCUCGAUGUGAACAGCCAGAUCUGCAUCGAGAAGGAGAUUGCCGCCGACACCAUCGGGACGCUCUUCGUCUCAACACGCCGAUAUUUCCUACGAUACGUCGAAGAGUCAACACAGCUGCUGCUUAGCUUACUCCCGCACUAUUACGAUGGCAUCAGGAAGUCAGCUGUCGACUCGCUGCUGGAAUUCGUUCAGACGUUCUACGAACUCAGCGAGCCGCAGGAGUGGGUACCUGGUAGGGCGUUUCACCCUCUGCAGCCGAAUGUGAAGAAGCUUGUCGACCAUAUUUUUCCUUCGCUCCUGGAGUUGUUUGAAUCGGAAGACAACAAAAAAGUCGUCUCGGGCUUGUGCAUUGGCCUUGCGGAGACUAUCAACAAACUAGGGCCCGCAUUCUUAGAAAACAAGAUGGAGCAGGUCGCGGGUAUAGCGAUCCAGAUCCUUGAACAGAAAGCUGUUUGUCAGCAGGACCCGGAUCAAGAUGAGAAUGAAGAAGCGCCGGAAGACCAGGCAGAAUUUGAUUCUCUUCUCAUCUCAUCAGCUGGUGACCUCGUUUCCGCCUUGGCAAAUGCGUUCGGACCCGACUUUGUGCCGGGAUUCAACAGAUUUUUCCCUGCGAUUUCGAAGUACUACAAAAAGACUCGCUCCCUCAGUGACCGCUCAUGUGCUAUCGGUUGUCUCUCUGAGAUCAUCGCGGGGAUGAAGAACUCUGUUACUCCUAUGACUGAGCCGUUGUUGGAGCUGUUUUACCGUGCUUUGGCGGACGAUGAAGCAGAGGUGCAAUGCAAUGCUGCAUUUGCGGCCGGUCUCCUUGUGGAACACUCCGAGAUGGACCUGUCCCCACAGUAUUUGCACCUCCUCGCCGCUCUCCGGCCGCUCUUCGUCCUUGCACCCGGUGCAUCUUCAGUGAGACUCAAUGCCCGUGACAAUGCUGUUGGCGCAGUUGCUCGUAUGAUCAAGAAGAAUGUUGCUGCUGUUCCGUUGGACCAGGUGUUGCCUGUCUUCUUUGACGCACUUCCUCUCAAGAACGACUUUUUGGAGAAUCGCCCCGUUUUUGGAGCAAUCUUCCUGCUCUUCAGGACCAAUCCGGCUGUGCUGCACCCGUACAUGGACCGGCUGCUGCAAUUAUUCGCCUACGUGCUCGAUCCGUCUGGCCCAGAUCAAGUCGGUGACGAGGUCCGGGCGGAGCUGAUCCAGUUAAUUGGAUUGCUGAAUGCAGAGGACCCAAGCAAGGUGCAAGCGGCGGGUCUUUCGCCAUUUGUCCCUGGUGGUUGA